GCAGUCUUACCACCAUGUGUCCGAGACAGUGACAAUGAAGUGUGUGCACAGGUUUAUGUAUGUGUGAGUGUGUGUGUUUGUUUGAACCUGAGAAAGUUGUGUGAGUGGGCAUAUUCAGCACUGUGUCCAAUCGUCCUUCCUGAGCAGCCCUGCGUUGCAUUCCUGAUUGUUCGGAUUUGUUUCUUCAGCUGGACUGAGGAAAUUUAUCAAAAACGGAGGAGGACAUUAAGGAUUAACAGAGAAACUAAAGGAAUAGUGGUCAAGAUGUUGGUCACCAUGCUAACAGCCAUGUAUGUGGUGGUCAAAGUCGUAGAAUCGAUAGGGGUGCGGUUUGCACGGCAAAAGGACCCUUUGCCUUACAUCGUGUCCCAGCCUUUGCCUUGGCAGGUUCACUCAGUGUCACACAGUCGGAGGAGCAGCAAAACAGAUGAGUUUGAUGGCUACAGGAGGAACAGCAUAGGCGUGUAUAGGAAGAACUCUGCCUCCAUGGCUAUUGCUUCAGCCUCUCUGGCUAUCCCCUGUGUCCUGUCGUGCUCAGGCUCCAAUGCCAGCAAUGGGACCUGCACCGCUGUUCCCGCGCUCAGCCCGGUUGAAGUGGAGAAGGCCGCUGCCACCAUCCAGACCCAUUACAGGAAGUUCCAACAGAAGAAACAGAAGAACGGCAAGUAGAUGGACAACGAGGGAGGCCGGUAUCGAUGCAGCAAGCCUGGGAGACAUCAGAAAGCAGGUGGAACAAUGGAUGAACUCUGUGACUACAUACAAAAAUGCACACAUAUUCAUACUGUACAAUAUACACUUAGCGAAGCUUUUGGAUUAGUGACACAUUGUAAACAAUAAAAUAGUAAGUGUUUAUUUCUUCAACAACUGGAAUGAUUUAAAAUUUGUAUGUGAAGGAUUUGUUGUAUAUUACUAAAUCUGAAUGAAUGUUAGUUUGUGCACUGAAUACUGAGUGACUGUGAGAGUGUGUAUGUGUAAAUAUAACGUGUUAUAAUGUUAUAACCAAUAUAAAAAUAUUGGGGGAACAAAUAUUAUAAUUUGUCAACAUUUUUGAUCUUAUAAUAGAAGGUGUAAAAAACUCAUUUUAAUAAACUCCACUGUAAAACAUGA